CCAGCCCCUGCAGCCAGUAUCCCAGCUGCUGGGCUAACUCUGGCCUGCACUUUCCCAUCUACAGGGUGCACCUACUGUCAGAGCCAACCAGUCAGCAAGCAGAGACAAAGUCUCUGUCAAAUGACUCUGUCACCGCCAAGGUCCCCCCCGGAGUUCUGGAUACCCCCGAAGCCAGAGGACAAAAAGAUGCCGACAGAGAGGAAGUCGACGUGGCGGACGGCCGAGGAGCGGCGCCUGUCUGACCUCACCCGGGUGCUGGAAUGGCUGGAGCGGAGGAGGAAGAAGAAGAUAACAAUCCAGAAGCCCAAGAUUAAGGACGUGGUCCUCGCUAAUGCAAAAGUGAAGGAAGACAUGAAGAACAAGGCCCUGAAACAGCAGGAACAGAACCACAAGGUCUCAGGGAAAAAGGCCAAGGAGGAGAAUGCUGUCCAGUACCGAAAGCUCUAUGGGAUGGACAUAAAGGGGAAACGCCUCAGCAUUGUCCCCAGCAACUACAACAAGGAGUUUCCCAAGAAAUCAGAGGUAGACGUGAAGGACGCCAACCCCCUUGAGUUCGCCCAGCGGUCCAUGCGCCGACAGAGCAUCGUGGAGCCCAUGUUACAGGAUGCUAUCUUUGGCUCCCGGAAGUCAACGCUCCUGAGGGACUGGACAAGCAAGAGCACCGAAGCCAGUUAUGAGCGCAAGCUAAAGAGCCUCAUGGACAAGAGCGCAGAUCCCAAGAUAGAAGUGGUGAAAAUGCUGAAGCCAGAGGAGGUGCUGAGCUGCCGGUACCUGAGGCUGUCCAAGAACAACAUCCGGACCCUGAUAAAGCUGUGCAAGGACGCGGGCAUGGACGUGGACAUCCACCCCCACAUGGUGGAAAGCGAGAUUGAUGCCAAGAAGAACUUCUGUUCAUCAAAAGGCAUCACUAAGAGAGUGACAAGGCAAGAGACCCGAGUAGAAGACGUGUCUGGCGAAGAGCCAAGUGCGGGAGUCAGCCCAGCUCCCCGCAGCAGCAGAGAGGGGCGCGCGCAGCGGAGCGCACGGCGGAGCACCGUGUGCAGGCGAGACUGGACGCACGUUCUGGAGGAAUGCAUUGCGAAUAUGGGGCAAAAGCAGCUAGACACAGCAGAGAACCCAGUGUUAGAAGUCAGGACAGUGACCGCCCUUGAAGGGGGUGCAAUGACUGGAUUGGCGGGGGCGGGGGGCGCGGGCAGAGCUGGUUACCUGACUCUGAAAAAUCUUUGCGGGUUAGCUACGCUGGAGAGUAUGCCUUUCGUGUAGGAGUACUGUAUUUGAAUUAAA